GCACGCCGAGAGAGAGAGUCUACUCAAAUCGACGGUUUGUUUGCCGGCGGCGGGUAAGGUCUGAAGAAGAGCGUGUUAACUGUUUUUUUUUUUUUGUUAGGAAUCGGAUAUUCGGAUCAAAUCAAAAUAAUUGGGCUUAACACAAUUCAAUAACGACAUAUUGGUUUGGGCUUUAAGCCCAAUGAAACCAAAAAAGAUAACUCCGAUGCCGGGACUCGAACCCGGGUCUCUCGGGUGAGAGCCGAGUAUCCUGACCAGCUAGACUACAACGGAUUUGUGUAGGGUUAAAAUGUUUGUAGUAUUUUGUUCUAAGACGCGGGUGCCGCGGAGGUUUAAUAAAUUAAUAGGCCAAUACACGUCGAUCGGUUGGGUACCGUAUCCGACAAGUUGGAUGAUCCAAUGACUAAACAAACUGGCAGAACUAUUCAACGUAUAUAUAGUGUUAUAUAUAACUCAUAAGACAUAACCAACAAUAGACGUUGUUCCUUCGAUCGACGACAAUAAACAUUAGUAUAUAACAACGGUACCUAGCAGGUUGGUACUACGUCUUGAUAAUUAUAAUUUAAUUUAAUUUAAUUAAGAUGGUAUCCUAGAUAGCAUGAUGGUAUUGAUAAUGUAUUUGUUUUCCUUGAGAUCACUGUGUGGAAUCAAUUUAAACUAAUAUAAGAUAUAUGUUAAGGUUUAUGCGAUGUGAAUAGGAUCAUCUAAGUGGUAAGUUAUGUAUUGGAAUUGUUGUUUUGAUGUGGAAUUUUAUGUGGCUUCAUGUAUAGUUGAUUAAUGUUAAAUGGAGUUUAAGUCACAGAAGAAACCAUUUUACAACUUUGGGAUAACCCUGUCUCGUGCAAACCCAACUAUUCUAAUUUCACAUUUACAUAUUUUUUAAAAAUAAAUGAUAUUGGUUAUUUUCUAUUUUAUAUACAAAUCAUAUCAUUUCAUAUUAAUUUUAAUGUUGUUCUCAGAUUUUUCUAACACAUUUUAUUAUACAGAUGAAGAUUUGACACACGUUAAGUUAACACGUUUUUAUUAAUGUUAGUCAACUAAGAUUAAUUUCAAAAUUUUGAAAAACAUAUAAAUUAUUGGCAUACAAAAAUUCAACAAUAUGGCAGAAUUUCAGGUUUAUAUCAUCGAAAAUUUAAAUUGUUAAGUUUUUAAUCUUCAAAAUGGGAAACGAAAGCGUGUCAUAUUAAUUAUUUUUGGAGUAAAUUUGGCAUAAUUAUUUUUGAAUAAUGGCGGGAGUUACUAAUUAGUAUGCUUUAUUUACGUCAUGACAUUAAUAUUGAUCUUUUUUCUUCCAUGCUUCUACAAACUACAUCUCAUGGAUCGUUUAAUAUUGUACCACACAAGCUAGGAAAAAAAAUAUAUAAAACCGAACCACCCGUGACAUAAACUCAAUAUUACAACCAAACAAAAAUGGCAGCAGAAGCCAAACCUCAAAUCCUCUCCCACGUCAACAAUCUCAAUUACUUCUCUAUCCUCCUCCUCAUCCUCUCCUUCAACGUAGCAUCCGGCGCCGGAGGAACAUGGAAGCUUCUCUUAAACGACGUCGGAAUCUCAGCAAUGCACUCACAGCUCCUCAUCAACGACCGUGUCAUAAUGUACGACCGUUCCAACUUCGGUCCUUCAAAGAUCUCUCUCCCUAGCGGAGCCUGCCGCGACAGCCCAAACGACGUCGUUUCAAAACGCGACUGCACCGCGCAUUCGAUAGAAUACGACGUCGCUUUUAACAGCAUCCGUCCUUUAACCAUCGAAUCCAACACAUGGUGCUCCUCAGGAGGAGUCACUCCCGAGGGAGCUCUCCUCCAGACGGGAGGAGACAAAGAAGGAGAACGUAAAGCUAGAAUGUUCUAUCCUUGCGACGACGAGUCAUGUGAUUGGACAGAAGUUGAUAACGCACUUUACGUAAGAAGAUGGUACGCUACGAACCAUGUUCUUCCAGAUGGUCGUCAGAUCAUAAUAGGUGGUCGAAACCAGUUCAACUUCGAGUUCUUCCCUAAGACAAAAGCUCCAAGUCUCUACAAGUUACCCUUCUUGUCCGAAACCUACGAUGCUGGACAAGAAAACAAUCUCUACCCUUUCGUUUUCCUCAACAGCGACGGAAACUUAUUCAUAUACGCUAACAACAAAGCCAUUUUGCUAGACUAUAAUAAGAACACUGUCGUGAAAACGUAUCCGAAGAUCCCUGGAGGCGAUCCGAGAAGCUAUCCGAGCACUGGUUCAGCUGUUCUUCUCCCCAUCAAGAACCUUGAAGCUGAGGUUGUCGAGAUGGAAGUUCUGGUGUGCGGCGGUGCACCGAAAGGAUCGUACCUCCUCGCUUUAUAUAAAAACACUUUUGUCAAAGCUCUUGACACGUGUGCAAGAAUCAAGAUCAAUGAUGAUAAACCUCAAUGGGUUCUCGAGAAGAUGCCUAGGUCGAGAGUAAUGGGAGAUAUGAUCCUUUUACCUAACGGACAUGUUCUGUUAAUUAACGGUGGCUCGUCGGGCUCUGCUGGUUGGGAGCUAGGUCGUGAACCGGUUUUGAACCCUGACCUUUAUCAUCCCGAUAAACCGGUCGGUUCGAGAUUCCAAGUUCAGAAUCCUAGUACUAUACCAAGAAUGUACCAUUCAACCGCCGGUUUACUCCGUGACGGUAGAGUUCUAGUCGGAGGAAGCAACCCACAUCAGUUUUAUAAUUUCACCGACGUGCUUUUCCCGACGGAGCUUAGGCUAGAAGCUUUCUCUCCGUCGUAUUUGGAAUCUCAGUAUUGGAGUAUACGUCCGAGGAUUAUUAGUCUUUUAUCACACUCUACGGUUAACUACGGUGGAAUCUUGAGGCUGAGGUUUAUGGUGUUCGGUAUAGGAGGAGUCCGAAGUCCGGUUAAGGUGACGAUGGUGUUUCCUUCGUUUACUUCUCAUUCCUUCUCGAUGAGUCAGAGACUUUUGGUUCUUGAUCAUGUUGAGUUAGUGAGGAUAGGAGUGUGGACUUAUGAGGUUAGGGUUAAGGCACCAAAGUCUAAGAACCUUGCACCACCUGGUUAUUACAUGGCUUCUGUUGUGAACCAAGAUAUACCGAGUGAAGGUAUUUGGCUGAGGUUGCAGUGAAUGUGUUUAUCAAUGUUAUAUAGUUUGUUCUACGUGUAUGGUAAUUUUUUAUUUUAAAAAAAUCUGUUGAAUACUUUUUGAUUUGAGUGAUCAAAAUUUAUUUCGCGGAAAUGUAUGUAAUAAGAUUGUUGUUUGGAUACAAUUUACAUGAAUGAGAUUCUUUCGUCUCUGAGUUGGUAAUGUUUCAUGUUUGAUACUUUCUUGGUAUGUGAAAGUUUCAUGAUUUUAAAUGAAACGAAUCUCAAAAUUCUGUUAUUUGCAUUAGAGCAAAUGGAAUUUUGAUGUUGUGGGCAAGAGAUAGAUGCUAAACUUGUUCCUCCAUUGUUGUUUUUUUGUGGGAAUAUUUAUAAAGAAACGUGAGUUUUAGUUGAAAGAUUCCAUAAAUAGAAAGUCGUGAACAAGUGUAGAAAGAUUGUUAAAGACCAGAAAUAGAGAGUCCAAAAUGACCAAGAAAAAAACUACUUAUGUGUAACGUAGCUACAUGAAACAAUCAAAUUAUUAACGGUCUUGCACGUCUCCACUUGUGUCACUCCUCUUGUUUGACCACUGAGAUGAGGAAAAAUCAUUAAAGGGAAAAAAAUGUUUUUUUUUUGCUAACUGGCAAAAAAAUGUUGAAGAUAACAUUUUGAUAUGUUGAGUAAUCGAUACCAUUUUCUCACAAACCAGAUACACUAUCUAAUAUGGGCUUAAACAUAAUAACCACACAGCCCAAUGAGUGAUUACUCGAGGUCCAAAAUAUUAAUCAAGCUAUAUGGCUUAUCAAAGUUCUCAUCAUGAAUCUAUGUUCUCCUGGCUGCCAAAUUUCGUUUUGAUAAGAAGUUCAAUAUUACUUUCCUUGUGCUAAUACUCCAAUCAACAAUUCAGUUAGCUCUUGUGCAUGCUUUAUGAGUUUGAACUUCAAAUUCACACAGGCGCUUGUAGAACGCUUCCUGAACUACAUAUGUUAUUGUAAUAUUUGUGAUUCUAAAGACUAACCAUAAUCACAAAAAGACGAGUGAUUUGUUGAGCAAUUUCAUUACUACAAAAUCUCAAUAACAACAAAACUCAAAGUUUGUUCUACUUUGGAAUUGUGGCGUCACACAAUAAACUCAACAUAGAGAGAGAAACAAGAGUUAACAAAUAGAGUUUGUCAUAACAUCAAUACUCAAUCCAUCUAUGUUCUUAAGCUUCAAAGAGAGCUUUAUAACACCAAAAGCAUUACGCUUAAAACAAACAAACAAA